ACCUACGCCGCGUUCCUGACUUUAUGGUUACAUCAAAGUGAAGUUAACAGGACGAUUAAGAUGAAAGUAUUCAAAGUUGUUUUAAAGGAGAUCUUGCGUUUAAAUCAUUGAAGUGCCCCAGAGAGAGAGAGAGAGAGAGAGAGAGAGAGAGAGAGAGAGAGAGAGAGACUAAACAUCAUGAAUAUUUAAAUUAGAAUAAUUUACGUGGUAUUGGGUAACAGACAAUGCCUGUAUGUUUAAAAAUGUGUUAAAGUUGUGUUCAUUACUGACACAGAUUAAAUGAUGCUAUAUAAUCUAGUUGUGGAUGGUUUAGAAACCAAAGUGACAUUAGAUGAAGAAAAUUUAAGAUUUGAAGCAAAUGGAACUGAAAGUACUAAAAGUACCAGUUACCCGUUCGAUGAUAUCAUAGGAUGUGAAGAGAUAGUGACGGGAUGGUUUUGGAAGACCGAGAUAACUCGGGUGUGGGUAAUCGAACACGGUUCUUCAAACUUAUUACUGAAGAAAUGCAGGGACGUGUCUGGGGAUAAAAGAAAACGUUUCCAACACGAUUUAUCAGACAAGAUAGCCAAUGAAACCAAGCGUCCAAAAAGAGUUUUAGUACUGAUCAACCCUAUUGGAGGCAAUGGUACUGCAAUGGUGGAUUUCAGAAAUAUCGUCAAGCCCGUUUUCAGCCUUUCGGGAAUAUCGAUGGAUAUAAUCGUCUCUGAACAUCAUGGACAUUUGAGUGAUGUUGCCAAUACUUAUGACUUUACUAACACUGAUGGGGUCGUGUUAUUUGGAGGUGACGGGACCUGCUAUCAAGUGGUAAACGUAUUGAUGAGAAAGAGACAGGAGGAACAAGGUGUUGAUAUAAACGACCAAAAUUCAUCAUUAUCUCCCUUGAAUAUUCCAAUAUCAUUGAUACCAACAGGAAGUAGAAACCAAUGGGCAGCGAGUUUCACGGGCAAUCAAGAUGUUUUAACGGCUGCCCUUCAUGUAGUCAAAGGCAGGACUGUGUCCUCUCAUCUGCUUGCUAUCUACAGUGAUGACAGACUUCUUAGCUUUGCAUGUGCGUCCAUAACCUAUGGAUUCCUUAGGGAUAUCGUAUAUUACUCCGACAGAUUCCGAUGGAUGGGACGAAUGCGGUAUCGCUUUGUGUCCUUGUGGUUGCUUCUUAUCAAAUCUCAUACACAACACGUGUACGAUGCCACAGUUACCUUCUAUACACCAGUUACUGAACAACAUAACACUGAGAACAACGAGACAGAGAUCUUCGUCGGAGGAAAGAAGCUCUCUGGAUACAGUUCUUAUACCUCUGAUACAGUGGUGUUCAAUCGGAAGGUCUGGGAGUUGUUUAUCCUCAGUGGAAACCUCAUCUUUGAUAGCUGUGUCGUGCAGGACUUCUCCAGAAUGUUUGCCCCCAAGUUAACGACGUUUUCGUCUAUAAUCAUAUAUGCUACUAUACCAGUCGGAUCUGUACGCAGGUUUUUCAACAAUAUCCAAUUGAUGACACCGUUGGAUAUUCGUAGCAACGAGAUGGAGGUUGUUAAUGCCCGCGGCCUCUCUGUGGAAAUUCCAGAACGUUUUGAGGACAUGCAACCGAGUAUGAAGGCGUUGAUGAGUGUUAUGCUGCCAGAUGGAGAGAAAUGUGAAUUGAAACACCCAUCGUUUCAAAUAUGGUAUAAAUACGACGUUGUGCAGAUAUUCUCCAGUUAUCUUUGAAAUGGCUAUAAUAUGCUACCUCAUGUUUUCUUCAUUGCGUGGUAAAACUGAAACUUUUGUUUGGAUAUAUUUUACCAGUUAUAUUUGAUUGUUUAUGUGUAUUUUUAUAGUAUACAUUUAUGGAUUUGACCCCUUUUCAAAAUCUUUUUUGCAUCACCAUUGUAUCGUAUUUUCAUUUUACUACAAUUGAUGUGUGAAUUUAAUGUAGAGUUUAUGUUUUGCAUUGAAGACCUAUCUCAUAAAUAUCAUUGACAAAGGUAUACUACAUGGAGUUUGUUGUGUAACCCUGUCAAAAAGUAUUGGGCGCGUUUGAACAUGGAAUUUCCUAGGUUCAAACCCAAGGCAUUCAGCGUUAAAGUGUCUACACUUGAAUCUCCUUACUUUCAGUCAUUAACAAAUAAUUUCAAGUCUGAUUUCAAAUGCUAAAGAAUUUCAGGAACCUUUGAUAGUUUUGUGUUGAUGAUUUUGAGCAGUAGGAUUAAUUAUAUUUUUGAGAAAUGUAAAAUGAAUUAUUCCUAUUGUUGUUUUAAGGUAUAAAUAUGACGUUGUUAAGAUAUUUUUCAUCUAUCUUUGAAAUAACUAUAAUAUGCUACAUUAUGUUUUCUUCAUUGCAUAAUAAAACUGAAACUUUU